AUGUCUACUUCAAUUUUCCGUACAUUAAAGAACAUUUAUAAAUCUGGAUUGAAAAGAUCCGCAUGGCAAAUUCAACAUCAUAAUGAUACCAAAAGUGGUUGGUUAGUAGGAAUUGAUGAUUUUGGUAAUAAAUUUUAUGAAACUGAUGCCCCUGAUGAAAUUCAUUUACGUACUAGAUGGGUUGAAUAUAAUCAAUGGAAUCAAGAUAUGUCACAAGUUGAACCAGGUUGGCAUUAUUGGUUAGGUUAUGGUACUAAUACUCCACCUAAUGCUUUAACUGGUGAUGAAAAAACAACUAGAGCAUAUCCUUUACCUGCUCAACAUAAACCAAACCUUACUAAUUCUCCAGGUGCUUAUGUUUGUUAUAAUACUGCUAAACCUAAAUGUCAGUCAUGGACACCUCAAGUUAAAGAAAGAGUUUAA